AUGCCCUCAAAAACGCCUUCGGGAGCUCCUGAAAAUGGAGGCCCCCCGAGAACGGAAUUACAAGAACUUCAGCUCAAAGCUGGUCAAGUAACCGAUGAGUCAUUGGAGAGCACCAGACGGAUGCUGGCAUUAUGUGAAGAGAGUAAGGAAGCAGGAAUUCGCACCUUGGUGGCCCUGGAUGACCAGGGAGAGCAAUUGGAUAGAGUUGAAGAGGGCAUGGAUCAAAUCAAUGCUGAUAUGAAAGAAGCAGAAAAAAAUUUAACUGGUAUGGAAAAAUGUUGCGGAAUAUGCGUUUUGCCUUGCAACAAAUCUGCAUCCUUUAAAGAAGAUGAAGGAACAUGGAAGGGAACCGACGAUGGAAAGGUGGUAAAUAAUCAGCCUCAAAGGGUUAUGGACGAAAGGAACGGGAUGGGACCACAAGGAGGUUAUAUUGCAAAGAUCACAAAUGAUGCCCGCGAAACUGAAAUGGAAGAAAAUAUGGGACAGGUAAACACAAUGAUAGGAAAUCUUCGGAAUAUGGCUUUAGAUAUGGGAUCAGAGCUGGAAAAUCAGAAUCGUCAAAUUGACAGAAUCAAUUUGAAGGGAACGUCAAAUCAAACAAGAAUAGCUGUCGCCAAUCAAAGGGCACACGAAUUGUUAAAAUAA